AACCUGCUACCUACCUGAAGCUGUAACGCCUAAACACUGGUGCCCUGCUCCCCUGCGGCAGCCUGCCUGCUGAACAUCGAUCGAGGGGGGAGAGAAACCCGGUGAGGCUUUUUGGGUUCUCCCCCCUCUGUCUCCCUCUCCCUUCCACACCUGUGCGGCGGCGGCGGCGGCCUCUAGAAUCCAAAGCGAGCUGUACCGAGCAGCCUUAUCUACUCUCAGUCCGCGCGCGGCCACGGCGAAGACCAGAGCAGAGCUGCACCGCCUUCUCCUCUGAUUCUGAGGAAGGAUGGAGGGGAGUAGAGUGGGGGAGCCAUCCCCGGUGGCGGCCGGCGGCGAGGUAGAUCAGACGGCGGCGACCACGGAAUCUCUUCCAAGCAUGGUGAAUCAUGAAUGGGGCAAGGCGGUGUGCAGCGAAGAAUCUAUACAGAAGUGGACGGCGGCCGACGUCUUCCGUCCAGGCGAGCUGGUCGAAUGGCGAGCGCCCGCCAAAGAUGAGGCUCCGUUGCCGUCCGCCAUGGAGGACCAGUUUGUGAUCUUAUCCCUAACGCACAUAAUGUGCGGCCUGAGGAUGGAUGCGAGCGAUUUCCUGGUCAGCGUGCUCGGGCACUACGGCAUCGAGUGGUCUCACCUGACCCCCAACUCGAUUACCGCGCUGAGCAUCUUCGCCCACCUGUGUGAGGCCUACUUGGGUGUGCCACCGACGGUGGAGGUAUUCGCGCACUUCUACAGGCUCUAUCACAAUAAGAAAGGAGAAACAACUACACUCGGGGGUGUCUACUUCCGAUUGAGGGACAAGAUGAAGAGGAACUAUCCUGUGUACUACUUGAAGGCCUCACAGUUUGUGUGGACUUGUCUGUGGUUUUAUGCAAAGACACCGCAGAGCUGCAGAUUGACCUUCAGGGGUGAUGCACUGAAGGAGACAAACAAUUGGAAGGAUGUGUUGCAUCUGUCCCCUGAACAGGAGAAGCAGGUUGUCCAAAUUGGGGAGCUGAGCAACCAAGGCUUGACUGGUGUAGACAUCGUCCACGACUUCCUUAAGCACCGGAUUAGCCCUUUGCGCCGAAGGGCUCAUUUGGCAUGCAACUACAUUGGUCCAACAGAUCCCACCAGGGAUUCGGAUAAAGACCUUUCUGAGGAAGACAUUGAGAGCAAGCUAAGCUACCUUCUAGAUCUUAAGAAGACUGGGCAGAAGGAGCCCCCAAGGAAACAUAAUGUUCCAACCAGCCUUAUUAGAGCAUCAGCUGAUGAGCGAGCCAAUCAACAUCUCGACUUGCUGCAUGUCCUGUCGACUCUCAAAGUCAAGAAGAAAGCAGUUGAGGAGUUGAGAGCUCCAAGAACGAUUAGGGAAUCUUCAUCAUAUAAACCUCUUGCCCCAGCCUCCCCACGAAGAUACACAAGGCAAUCUGCUGUUCCUAGGAAGGUUGUAGGAUCUCCACCUCCUGAAAUUGACUCUUCCCCACUUCGAGACCAUUCAGAUCUAGAAGAUGAGGAGAUUCUAGAAGCUAGAACAACUAUGACAACUGCAUCUUCUCCAAACCGGGGUGUCGAGCAGAAAUCAAUAGAGAAACCUGCUGAGACUGAAAGGGGGAAAAGAGUAUCGCUGGUGAAGCCUAUUUCCUCAAUCAUUGGUGGUAAAAGAAAGGUUUUUGCCUCCCCUUCUGGUUCUCAGAGAAAAGCAAAAUACUCAUUUAUUUCCAUUAUGGCAAAGACCAGGAUGUCAACUUUGGACACUGGUUGCAUAAAAGGGACUUCCUUGGGAAAAGAGGCAGCAGUGGCCCUGCUUCCACAGUCACCAAAAUCGGCUCGACCCUCACCUGCAUCUUCGGUGGAAAAGGGAGAGAAGAGUGCGCUGUUCAUACUCGCUAAUGUGAUCGACCAGAAUAAGGUGGCUGAGGACUCUGUGUCGAAUGUACUCCUUGACCAGUAUGUUAGGGAUUCUCCUCCCAAAGAGGUCGAUCCUGCACAAUCUAUUGCUGAGAGAGUUCAACGCCAGGAAGCCAUUGAGGAAUCAGCUUUCAUUCCGGUACCUAAUUUAGAGGAAAUAAACAAUGAGGCGAUAUGGGAGAGGAUGCAGAAAGUUCAGAGGGAAUAUGUGUCUUUGAGCGAGAAGACCUUGUCUGAGCUUUUAGAACAAGCAAAGAAGCUGGUCAUGGAGAACAAGCGUCUGAAGGAUGAGCACAUAAUGCUGGAACAACAAGUGAAAGACCUCGAAGAAAACAAAAUGCUCUUAACAGACACGAUGAGGAAAGCCGAGCAGGAGGCAUUAAAAAGAAUAGAAGAAAAUACAAAGCUGAAAGAUGAGAUCAGAGACCAGAAGAAGAUGAUCGAUGAGCUGAGUGAGCAGAAUGAGUCAAUCCAAGGAUCCUUGGUCCAAAAAUGCACAGAGGUGAACCGCCUCAAAGAAGAGGCUGCAGUGCUCAUGAAAGACAAGGAAGAGCUGCAAUCACGUGUGUCGCAUGCCAAUGAAAUUCUCAACCUCAUGAGGAGUGCUUUAUGCGAUGGAAAGGGUGAAGGGAGUAGGGCUUCCUGACUUUCUGUAGCAUAUGUGUUUUGAUGACAAGUGGAAAUGAUUGACAGAAGGAAUGUGAUUGGAACUGAAUGUAGACUAUUGAUGCGUAGAACUUCAGAAAUGAUUGACAGAAGGAAUGUGCAUCUAACCCUGGACUAAAGGAUUGAACGUCUGGAGGUAGACAAGGUUGGACUCUUGGAAAGUUGGACUCGUAUGUGUUAAUAGCAUCAGGACUCCUAUUGUCAAGUGUACUGCUGACUUCGUGCUAGGUCUGUAAUUCUUGGUGGUAACAUCUCUUAGUAAGAAUGUCUAGAUCUGUAAUUCCUGGUGAUAAUGGGUAACAGUCUUAGUACAAAUGUCAUCAUCUUCGUGCAGAUAGUUGUUGCAAAAAAUUAA